AUGAACACGGACCCAAAGUAGGCAAUAUCAGCCUCCGCUAUCCUCUGGCAUACACAUACUUCACGCGUCUGGGCGAGUCUAAGGCGUGCGGUGACUACAACUCGUCGUUUGGCGGCACGCCCGAGUACCCUCUUAAGUAUGAUAAUAUCAUGGACAGUGUCAAGGGUGCGUAUGUGCUGGCUAACAAUGGCUGGAUUUGGGGCGGAGAUGCGCUGCACGACUUUGCUGCGCCGGGCAGUCAUG